UGUAGAAAAGAAAAAAAAAGAAAAAAUGAAAUACUUAUUCUUAAUAUUUUUCAUUAAUUUAUUACCACAAUAUGCUGGAAAAUCUUUGAGAAGAAGUGACGGUUACUCGAAAACAUUUUAUGACAUUAAAAAUGAGAUUGCUGGCUAUACUGAUAUUGCUAAAGCUAUUAUUGAUCUUGCUGUUCAUGGAAAAGCUCAGAACAGAUCUUAUGAAAGAUUAGCAGUUUUUGCUGAUACCAUAGGACCUAGACUCAGUGGUUCGAAAAAUCUAGAUAUAGCCAUCAAGUAUAUGUUCAGUGCCCUGAAGGAAGAUGGACUGGAAAAUGUGCAUCUGGAACCUGUGAAAGUACCACACUGGGAAAGAGGAGAAGAGUUCGCAAUGAUGCUGGAACCAAGGAAUCACAGUAUUGCUGUUCUGGGACUUGGGAGCAGUGUUGCAACUCCUCCAGAAGGAAUUACGGCAGAAGUCAUAGUGGUAUCCUCUUUUGAUGAACUGCACAAAAGAGCUCAGGAAGCCAAGGGGAAGAUUGUUGUCUACAAUGAACCUUUCAUCAGUUAUGGUGAAACUGUGCGAUACAGAUCACAGGGAGCAGUAGAAGCUGCUAAAGUUGGAGCAGUGGCAUCGCUCAUUAGAUCCAUUGCUUCCUUUUCUAUUCAUAGCCCACAUACUGGAUGGCAGAAUUACCAGCCUGAUGUGCCCCGGAUUCCCACUGCUUGCAUCUCUGUGGAAGAUGCUGAAAUGAUGUCACGAUUGUCUUCCCGGGGUAUUAAGAUCAUUGUGCACUUGAAGAUGGGGGCCAGGACCUAUCCAGACUCUCCUUCCUUUAACACUGUAGCAGAGAUAGUUGGAAGCAAGUACCCAGAGCAGAUUGUAUUGGUCAGUGGACAUCUGGACAGCUGGGACGUUGGGCAGGGAGCUAUGGAUGAUGGUGGUGGAGCAUUUAUUUCAUGGGAAGCAUUAUCACUCAUUAAGGAUCUGGGACUUCGCCCGAAAAGGACACUACGGUUGGUUCUAUGGACAGGAGAAGAGCAAGGAGGAAUAGGUGCUGAGCAAUACUAUCAGUUGCACAAGGAAAACAUCUCCAACUUCGAUAUUGUUAUGGAGUCUGAUGAGGGCACCUUCAGGCCAUCUGGACUGGGGUUUACUGGCAAUGCUAAAGCUCGGGAUAUCGUGAAAGAGAUCAUGACUCUGCUGCAGCCCAUCAAUGUUACGGAUGUUUAUGACUAUGCAGAUGGAACAGACAUCGAUUACUGGAUGAGAGACGGGGUACCUGGUGCCAGCUUGCGUGAUGACCUCAGUAAAUACUUCUGGUUUCAUCAUUCUCAAGGGGACACGAUGACAGUUCAGGAUCCAAACCAGAUGAAUCUCUGUGCUGCUGUUUGGACUGUUGUCUCUUAUGUAAUUGCUGACAUGGAGGAGAUGUUACCAAGGUAAUAAAAGAGCAAGAAAGAAGAUUUCUGUCCUUCAGUAAAGAUUGUGAGUCCGCUAAUGCAUGUGGUCUACAGCUCUGAGAAAUUCUGUUUUUCACCCCAAUUUUGUGCAUUAUUAUGGGUUUUUUUUUCCUCAAAGCACAUGCUCUUUUACACAUUCCUGUUUCUUUUUGCUGUUUUGUUAACUUCUAUUUGAGAUUUUCACUUAAAAUUUCUUCUUUUAAGUAGUUUUAAAAUUUCUGGUGAAGGCAUGAUGCCUCUUUGACAAGGGAUAAUAACCAUUUGUAUGCAAAGCAACCCUGUGCAGCAGGAAAAAUAUACCAACCAAAUUUGUUGCAUCAGAAUAAUUGAUAUAUAGAGUUAGCGUACACGUUUAUGGGUUUGUAUUCUGUCUUUCACUCUAUGUAUUACAAUGAUGUACUAUGAAUAAAAGAGCCCUUUCUUUUUACUCUCUUGAUAUAAUACUGUAGUUUCCAGGCAGUUUUGAGGUUACAGGACAAAUUAAUUUGGGGUAUUCUAAUUAUAAUAUAUAGUAAAACAAUCAAAUAGUGAUCAAAAUGCAAAAUAGUAGGGCUUUUAAUAGUUCAUUCAGCUCUUGCAGUUAAAUAUUACUAGAGGUUGCUUUAUGCAAGACUUGGAUAAAUCAGGACACGGGACCACAGGACUCCCAGAUAUGUGUUUCUUCAGGCAGCUCCCUGUGUAAAACCAUGCAUGUCCUUCUAUUUCUGUUGGAAGACCCACCAUAGCAACAUGCAGAGAAUUUCAUAUGGCAGUUCUUUUCUGAAAUGCCAUGAUGUUUCAGAAACAGCAUCACAGCUGUGAUUUGUGACCUUCACUACCUGCCAGCUGAUACCCAAAGAAAGUGUAAGAGCAGAUUUAGAUUCAGGCUACUGAAGCCAUGCCCAGCUGCCCCUCUCUUGCUGAGAUGCUCUCCCCUGCUGGAAACCAGGCAAAAGGUUGUUUGCACUUUGACCAAGGAAGUUAUCUGUGAAUUUGUUUCCUCUCUUUUUUGUUGGGGUUUGGUUUUCGUUUUUUUUUUUUUUUCCCCUACUCAAAGAUUAUGAAUACUCACGUGAGUUUCAGGGGUAUCUGUAGAGGAUAUAACUGGUGUUGGGGGAUAUUUUAAGGUAUCCGAUUUCUGCUCAUUUCUUUGUGAUAUGAUCCUUGUUUGUUCUUUUAAAUUUUACAGCAGGAAAACUUACUGAUAUAAAUAACGGCUGCACUAUGAUCAACACCAAACAACUGAUGUAAUGAACAACAUGGAGUAUUAAACCAAAUAGUAGGCAGUCCCUGGUGCUGUAAAUCAAUUCUGUAGUUGAGCAAUAGCCAAGUGUUGAGCCAUUCGUUUUUGUAGUAUUAAUAACCAUGAUAUCUGUUUACCAUGAUAAUAGAAGUUUUAUAUCAAAUUAAUUAAAUGUCUCAGUUUUCCCUCCAGAUGAUUUUAGCAAAAUAAAAGGUGCUAGGAGAUACUCUGCUCGUUUUAAAGAAACAGUAUUGAAAUAAAGUCAGCAAAAAUUUCUUCUUUCAA